CGCAGUUGCGCGAGACAACCUGCCCGGAGUACCUUCUUCUUGAUACCGCGGUCCAGCUAUCUCCGUGUCGGACACCUGACCGAAAAGUGACGUCGACCGAAAAAGCGCGGAUAAAAAAUAGAAAAGAAAAAGAUAACGUGUGCAGUGAGCGAGUGCGUGAAGAAACAAAAUUGUCGGCGCGCGUCGAGAGAGAGGACAGGAUAAUUAUUUCGUAUGAUGAACACGCGGUCUGUUCGGACAACGUUAUUUUUUAUUCGAUAUAAUGAGUGUGAAUUAUUCCCGACAAUGGAAAUUGCACAACAGGCGUAAAAUACAUUUUUCUGUAUCGAAAAUUUCAAUUUCGUCGAAAUUAAUGCUGAUUCAAAUUUUCUGAUGUGACUGUCACUUAACAACACAAGUGAUGUAAAGCGAAACAUUAUUUUUAAUUCAAUAAAAAAAUAUUUAUCCAAUUUUUAUCGCUUGAUAUAUAUAUAUUUCAGUUCAUGUAGAUCAUUAUGUUACUUACAAGAAUAUUAAAUUAAAGCACUUAUUACAUUAUUAAAAUAUUAGAUAGUAUAUAUUUAUUAGCGCCACUUUGAUAACCCCUGUAUAAGCAAUUAAAAAUAUUGAUAACAGAAAGAUCAAGAGUGAUCGAAACGAUCGAUUGUGAACGCUGUCAUUUAAUAAACGGAACAAAGUCUCGAUACAUAGUAUUAAAAAUGGUGAUCAUCUGCGAGUAAUCUGCGGUCUACAAUAUCCCUGACGACCUAUCGUUCGAUUCGGAUUUUAAACUAUCUGACAGAAAGACCGUAAAGACAAUCCGGCUGCGCGCUCGUCGUGUCGCGGAACGGCGUGACUAUGUGACAGUUUUGUGAUUAGAUUGACCUCAAUACGAGCUGGAUAUCCGGACGUACCCACGAGAGUGCUUUUAUCUUUAACCAUUCCGAUCGAAUAUUAACUAACGUGUUUCGCGAUAACCGACGAUAUUGGAGAUGAUCGAAAAAAGAUUUUGCUGCAUUUUGCGUUUUGCUGGAUUAUUCUAUUAAUCCCAAGGAAAAAAGUAACGUUUGAACGAUCUGCACAUCGACAGUGAAACGCGUACAGAUUCAUCGUGAAAAUUGUCACAGUGAUUGAAGGGGCUCUUUGGUGAUGUACGACAGCGCUAGCUGUUCGUACGCAGGUGCGCUCGAAUUAAAGGGAGCCUCCGGGGCUGGAGCCGCGGCCGCGGCCGCCGCCGGUGUAACCGCGGCCGGGGUCAAGCAGGAGAACUGGCCGUAUCGCGGCCUCACCUGCGGCAGCACUUUUCAACGGCUCAAGGAGAGCGUCGACAAGGCGAAGCAGGCCCUCGCCGAUCGCAGCGGUUACCUCGCGGGUGCGUUUUCGCCGCCACCGCGCGCCAACCCGUCCACCAUUUCGCCCACCGCCUCCAUCACCGAUGCUGGCAGCUCUUACAAGGGAGGCUGGAGUCACGCCACGUCGCCGGCACCUGGUCAAGGCUAUGGAAGCAGCUUAUCAAAGACAGCAUUGGACACGCACAGCCAUCUCAGGCAGCCUGCAGAUCCUUACCAAAUGUUCGGGGCGACGAGCAGUCGGCUCGCGAGCUCCGGUUCCGGUCAGAUACAACUCUGGCAGUUUCUACUCGAGCUUCUGUCGGACUCGAGUAAUGCCGCGUGCAUCACUUGGGAAGGAACUAACGGCGAAUUCAAGUUGACCGAUCCCGAUGAGGUGGCGAGACGAUGGGGCGAGAGGAAGUCUAAGCCUAAUAUGAAUUACGACAAAUUGUCGAGGGCUCUGAGGUAUUAUUACGACAAGAAUAUCAUGACGAAGGUGCACGGCAAGAGGUACGCGUACAAGUUCGAUUUCCAGGGGUUGGCGGCCGCGACGCAGCCGGCCGCGGCCGAUCCGGCGGCGUACAAGUACCAAAGCGAGUUGUUCAUGUCCGGUUACGGUCAUGCCAAGCUGAACCUGAUGCCGCCGCCGGCGGCGUCGGUCUCGGUUUCCGUACCCGGUGGCCUCUUUCAAUCGGCGUCGAGCUACUGGUCGACGAGCCCGGGGGCCAACUUGUAUGCCGGCCAUCAUACGGCCUCCGGACAUGUGCCACCUCAUCUCGGCACCUAUCCGCAUUACGCAUGACCCGCCGCCGAGCACUGGGGUGCCCUGGGCACGCCGCGUUGAAACAUUUCUAUCGAAAGAGUACGAGCCGUUGCUGCCACGUUGUCGAUGACGACGUGCGUAAUCGUAAAUUACACCCUUAUUUCUCCCCGGCCAACCCCGGAGGCUCGGAUCGCACAUUGCUUCAGGUAUUUGCACGAAUCUGUCCAUUCCGCGUAUAUUCGCUUAUGGUCGCUAUUGUCUUUUUUUCACGAAUUUUCAAAGCAAUUAUUAUAUUUUUAAUAAAUGCGAACAUAGGCGAUUUCACAAGUUUGUUUCCCUUUUUUUCUUUUUUAAGCCUAAUUCGUAGAUUAUUUAUAUCGAAACCCCGAAGGAAAUACAUUAUUUGCACCGACCAACACUGAUGAAUAGUUAUGUACAACCGUAAGUUGUCGACCACAAGUAGAUACAGCUUUAUAAUCGACGCGUAAGUAGUAAACGACAAUCACGAAAUAGUAAGAAAAAAGUAACAGACAUCCAGGGGGGCGACGCGUGUACAGGAUUUAUUAAUGAUAUAAUACGUUUUUUAUUAGAAAACUCUAUAAAUAAGACUUUUGAUAACUCUAAUAACAACAAAUUCAAAUUCUAUUAAAACAAUUAUUUAAUAGAAGAUUUAAGAUAAAAAGUUUGUGGGAACAAAAUUUAUGUUCUGAAAUUUUCUUCUGCUACUUAUGACACAAACAUUUGACAAUGAAAUAAACAUAGUAGUUUUUUUAAAUUUUAUAUAAUGCAAGUUUCUUUGUAUUUAUCUGUUAAGUAUUUAAAUAAAGGAAGAUAUGUGUGUGCGCGGAAUAUAUUUCCGUGUGAAACAUUGACCAUUAAGACGCGUUUGGACAGAUUUAAUAUCUAAAUCCGUGCGAUACAGUCGCUCCAAUAGAGUGUGCAAUAUAUUGUCGUAAAAUUUUCAAGAUGCAAUACCUAAGCAACGCGUCGUAAUCAGUGAUCAUUUAUGCACCGCCUAUAUAUAAAGGCGACGAUUUUACGUAAUGAGUAUUUUACAGACUCUGAUUCGCCGCGGCCGAUGGGGUGCGCCUCAAAAAAAUAUUAUUGUAAGAACGUUGUACAUAUACAAUAUAAUGCAUUACGUUAGUACAGGGUGUGUGCGUCCGUGAGAUAAUUCGCAUGAAUCUUUUUACCGUUUACUGUGUCACUCUUUGUUAAGAAAAGCGCGCGAAUCCCUCGAAAAUUUUCUGAUAUACGAAACUCUUAUGCGUUUAAUGUGAGAUAAAUGAAAUAAAUUCUAAUAAUUUCUAGCCAAACGUCUAUACCAAAGAAAAUUAGUUGUUAAUAAUUUGCAAGUAUUAUAUUAAGUAAUUAAGUGAAUGAUAUAGAGCACGUAAUUGAGCGAAACUUUGUUAGCAAAAUCUUGUAUGUCUUUAUUAUCUUUCGUUCUUUAAUAUUCAUUUUUCUUCUUAUCUAGUCAUGCAUUUCAUGUUUCUUUAUCUAAGAGAGCGCAUUUGCGAGAUUAUUUUAUUUCCGAGAACAAAAUAAUAAAUGAUCGCACGACGGUAAACUGAAGUAUGCGAAGUCGUUUGGUCCAAAAGGAAAACUCGUACACAAAUGCAAGGAGCCGACAAAAUUUCACGAGCAUUGUCGGCGUUUGGGUUGAGUCGGACAUGUGUACAUAUACGUAUACAUCAAAGAAAAAACGCGUCACCCUUCACGUUUACGCAAGUAGUGUAUCUCAAUUUCAAACGAGACCUUGCUGAUUCACGGAAUGCGCUCAUGUUCGAUUCAAACCAAGGCUAAUAAAAUACCCCAUGUAUCAUAAAUUCUUUUAACUUAUUUGUUACGUGAGAGAGAAAUGGGUAGAGACGCUACAUAGGAACGAAUCGAGCGUGCGAGAAACGAUUAUCGAGCGCAUAUAGCGUUUAUACGGCCACGUGUAUUCAUCAGCAUAUGUGGUCGGUGGUUCGCUUAAGCGUGAUUCGCGCUCGUUCCUUUGACGUAAUUUUACAACGAAACCGCGUUACCGUACACCUUCAUCAUCCGUCAUCGUGAGAUAUGUAGACGAUAAUCACAAAAGUACAACGUUUAAGUCAUAUCAAUCGACGGCACACGCAAUCAGAAUCGAACUUUUACGCCAUCCUUUUUAGAAUCACGUUGAGAUAUGUGGCUGCUCUACCCAUGUCGAUAUAAAGGAUGGAUUGCCGAAACCGAAUUCGAUUCUGAUCAAACGGAGCAUAUGUGUAAAUGCGUGAUGUAAUUCGGAGCAAAGGUUGUCGUAUUACAGUUGAUUCUAAUCUAAUUUCUCGAAAAAGAAAAAGGAGUCCUACGAUAUAUAAUUUGAAAAUAAUUACACGUUGAAUAUAUCAGAACAUUGAAUCUGUCUAUUUAACAUUGAGAUAUUCAUAGAAAAAGUUGUGCAUAUUGUAGAUUUCUCAAGAAAGAAAAAAAAUUAUCAUUCAAUCUCUUUUUGAUAUUAAUUUAUUCGAAAUCUACCGAUAAGUUCGUAAAUUAUACUUUAAUAUUAUCAAUCUUGGGAACAAAAUAAUUUGAAGAUCUAUCGGUUGAACUGUCGCAUGCGAUAGUUAAUGAAGAUUAUUUAAAAACAUAAUAUUUAACGAAUUUAAGGAAAAUAUUUUUAUUUGUGAUUCAUAUAAAUCUAUUUAAUUUCAUGUUUAACUUUUUGUCAUUUUCUUAUUUUAAAACUAAUUUCUUUAACACAAUGCAUAAAUUGAAAUUAAAUUAAAUAAAAAAUUAAAAGUACAAAGACUUAAAGCAUUUAAACAGAUAGUGAUACAGAAUUACAUUUUGAAUAAAUUAUAUAAAAUAAAAUAAAAGAAGAGAAUUUGUUAAACAUAUGAUAUUCAUUAUAAGCGCAUUAGAUCAGGAUAAAUAGUGAAAUUUCGAUUUAUAAGUAAAUCAUAAAUUGAUAAUAUGCAAACUUUUACUUCAUUGCUGAUUGCUUAUCACUACUUUUUUCUCAAACAACGUGAAUAUCGUAAUACAUAUAAAAGUUUCUAAAAACCAGAAACGCAUUAAAGAUGAAAUAAGAUCCGGUAUAAAAUUCCGGAAAAGCGCGGGAAGAGAUUUUUCCUUUGCGAAGAUAGUCAACGCAUUUUCUUCAUCGAUUGAACGCGUGUCGGCAGUCCGUCCCCGCAAAAAAAGGCGUACCUUGUGUCGAAGAAAGCGUAACUCCUUAAGAUGUGUACCAUACUACUCGUAAGUGAGACCCUAAGCAUUCCUAGAGUAAUUUUAAGCGAUUAGCGCGGCCCUCGGCGCGGCCCGUGGGACCGAUCGUGCAAUCAGCACCGCGACGGGGAACGAUGAUUAUCCAGCAGUUUCCGGAUCGGUCCGGACGGGUCGUGAGCGUGAAGGGCGCUCAUGUAGAUAGGGUGUUUUCAUGUGUAGCGUAGGCGUGUAGAAAAUUUAGUCUUAGCGAGAGAAUGAGCGACGAAGAGAGGCUGUCGUGCAUGUAUGUAAUAUGUAUGUGUGUGUCUGUAUACAAGAUUCGCGCGUGUGUGUGUGUGUUCGAGCGGGCGUGAUUCGUCUCGAGAAUGGAGACGAAUAAUAAUAAUAGCUACGAUGACUAUGAUGACGAUGACGACGACAGUGAUGGAUGAGUGGACGAAACGAGGGAUGUGUGUCCGGGCACCUAGCGUAGAACGCGUUAGAUUAGGUAGAUAAGCGAUCCUCCCUACAUCCCCCUCUCGAAAGAUCGAAGAACACGGUUUCUCGACGUUAGCGUGAUAACGGAACUGGAGAAGGCACAACGGAAUAGAGAUGAGAAUCGCGAGAAUCGCGAUCCGGGAAAUUGGGGGAGCGCUGUUGUUGUUCUUGUUGUCGUGCGCUUGUAUUAAAGUCGCCAUGUUCUAAUUAAACGUGCCGACGGGGUUGUAUCAGUCGUUGGCAAAAUCAA